AGGAAAUGAAGAAACCGUGUAUUGAAGCAGAUUUAGUUCCAACACUGAUACCCUUGCUGGAGAGCACAGACCAAGAAAUGCUGCUUCAUGCUGGGAGGGCCAUUGGCCGUAUCUGUUACGAUAAUCGUAACCUUCAGGAAGAGCUGGUGAAGGUCGGAGUCAUCCCAUCACUGGUCCGAAUAUUAACUGACUAUGCAGAGAGUGAACCACUUGUGCACGUCGCUCUAUUGGCCUUGUACAACCUGGCAGACCUGGAUUCAGCCAAGGAAGCUCUAAGCAUGACAAAAGUUGCUGAACAGCUGGUGAAACAACUGAGGAGAGCAGAGAGCCAUGAGAGGUUAGAAAUUGUCUUUGAGGUCCUGCAGGCACUUGCAGAAAAUGAUGCUCUGAAAGUGCAGUUGGUGGAUGCAGGUGUGCCAGAGGUGCUGUCUGAGAUCCUGCUGAGGCUCCACGGCAGCUCACAAGCUGAAGAUGCGUGCAUUGUGAAGGCUGCAUCGGAUCUCAUCGUCUCUCUGCUUCUUGGAGAUGGCAACUGCCUGCGCAUGUUCCAGCUGGGAGUGGUCCACCAGCUCCUGGAUCUCCUGGAGAAGCACGUGCGGAGUGGGGACACCUCAGUGCAGCAGGCUGCUCUCAGUGCACUGCAGAGCCUCGCUGUCCCAGUUGUCAGCAAGGUUCCUCUGCUGGAGGGAGGAGUGGCAGAGCGCAUCGAGGCGCUCCUGAGGUCACAGAGCCCUCCUGUGCAGUCCAAACUCCUCGGGACACUACGGACCUUAGCAGAUGGCCAAGCUGAUGCAGCUGAAAUCCUGGGCCAAGACCCCCUGCUGCUCAACAGGCUGGUGCAGUGGUGCCGCGUGAGCGAGCCCAGCGGCAUCUGCGGAGAGGCAAACCGGCUGCUGGCAUCCAUCCUGCACCACAACAGAUCCCAGGAAGUGGUCAAAGCCAUCCAGGCAGCACAAGGAGUGAAGCAUCUGGUUUCCAUGACAACAAGUGGCCAUGCUGCCAUGCAGAAUGAGGCUCUGAAGGCCUUGGCAAUAGCAUCUGCCAUUGAUUUAGAAACUCUUGAAGAAUCUUUUAAAGAAUCACAGCUAGUUCAAAGCUUACACAAACUUCUACGAGAUGAUAAUACAAGUCCUGAGGUGAAAUACAAUUCAAUGGACCUUUUGUGCAGACUUCUUAAUUCAGGUGACUUGAGACAAGAAAUAGAAGAGGACAAGAUCAAAGACACCCUUGAGCGACUCUGCAGUCACAGCAAUGCAAAUGUGGUCAAGGAAGCCAUGACAACAUUACAAGUUUUGAGAGGAGAGACGCCCCUCUAACCUCCCUUCUCCCACAGGGCAAGGCAGCCCUGCUGCUGAGGCACACACCAGCUUUGCAUCCCUGCAUUUGUCAUGCUGCUGCACAACCAGCACUGCUGAAGUCCAGGUGCAGGUGCUGCCCUGCAAGCUGUGUAUAAAAAUGCCUCAUUAGCACAUCUCUGCCCUGAUACCUGCACCUCUGCUGCUCUUCACUGAGCCACUAACACACAGCAGCAGGCAAGAAUCCUGUCAAGCAAGUGGUGAUGAGAAACAUCAGGCAACUACCUGAUGGCAUUCAUUGUACAUUUUUCAGCUGCUUGGUUUUGUGAGAUUAGGAUACACACUUGCAAUUUUUCUUGUAUUGAUGUGACUUUUAUAUAAUUAUAUAAA